AUGUCUUCACUAUUUAGCGCACUUGGUAUCGACAAUAUGCGCGACCUUACGGCCGCCGCAACGGGGCUCGUCUCCUGGCGAAAUUUCGCCUUGGUUUUGGCCUUACUCAACUUGAAAAAUCUCCCACUGGCCUGGCAUAUCCGUCUGCUGUAUCACUUUAUUGCAAAUUUGCGCCUAAAGCCUACAGCACCGUUCUUCCCCAAGGGACGCGCUGUUGUCGAUGCUAAAGGGAAUUCUACGCAUCCGGUCUUUGUGCCGUGUUCCGUCUACUCGCGGACACCGUUGCUAGAGACAGAUUACAACUUGCAUAAGUCUAACAGCACAUAUUUCACCGAUCUUGAUGUGUCGCGUACGGCGCUUGUGACCCGACUUUUCAGUCCGGGCAUUGGUCUCAUUAGCAAGGAAUUGGACCAAGAGUUCCUAGCUGCGAGUGUGAAGGAGGGAAAAAAUGCCCCCAAACGACUUCCUGUGAUGGUGGUUCUCGGAUCUGUUUACUGCAGUUUUAAGCGCGAGAUCAAGCCUUAUGAGAAAUAUGAGAUGCAGUCUAGCGUUAUUUCUUGGGAUAAGAAAUGGAUGUACAUUCUGACUGCGUUCCUGCGACCUGCCAAGAAGGCCGGUGGGGAGAAGACACUUCUGGCUACUGCGCUGAGCAAGUAUGUGGUGAAGAAGGGCCGUUUGACUGUUUCGCCGGAGCGAAUCUUGCGUAUUGGUGGAUUUCUUCCUGAGAGACCCGAGGACAGCCAGUUGGAGUCAUCUGCGGAAGCCUCCGCUAUUGGUACCCCUGCUAGUGGAGAGGGUAUUACUGCUACUGGUGUUGAUGGCUCUUUGGUGCGAGAAGUACUCAAGAUUAGUGAAGAUCAGAUUCCUGAUCGUGAAACCCUUGAGGAGAAGAAGAAGGCUAACUCGGACUCGUGGAGUCCUGAGGAAUGGCCUUGGGAGAAGAUUGAGCAGGAGAGGCUCCGUGGUCUAGAUGUGGUCCUGCCAUUUAUCAAUAUGGAUGGCAGAUUGGAGCACGAGGUGACCGGUAAAUAG